ACUGCGAUUGUUUCACAAGUGAGAGAUGUGUUUCCUAGACACUCAAAAAGUGGAUAUAUUGUCUGUCAUCUCUGAGAUCUGAAGUCUACAGUAAAUCUCAUUUAUCCUUUCUGGCAAAGACCUAUCAACCCUCAAUCGGUGUACCACCUGGCUGAGCAGUGCAGCUGAAAAGAACAGUGUGGUAUAAAAUGUGUGGCUCCAGCAGUCAACUCUGAAGAUCAGCAAAGUCCACUGUUCCCCUAACGUUGCUUUUGAUGAUGUAAAUGCCCUUUGACUGAUGGGCAGCUGAACCAUGGACAGGCUAAAGGAACCUUUCUGGACUGUUUUUUUAAGUCAGUUCUUUCUUUUACCCAUUGGAGCCUAGUAGCGGAUUACAGCAGGAAAGAGAAAGCAAAGACAGGACGGAAAAACCUUGAAUUGGCAAGUGAUCCUACAAUGAGAAUUACGAGUACAUCUUGCAUCUGUCCAGUCCUAGUUUGUCUCUGUUUUGUGCAGAGGUGUUACGGAACUGCACACCAUGGCUCCAUUAAGGUGACUAGAAACCAAACCAAACAUAUAGAAGGGGAGACAGAAGUGCACCAUCGCCCAAAACGUGGAUGGGUGUGGAACCAGUUCUUUGUUUUAGAAGAGCACAUGGGACCAGAUCCACAGUAUGUUGGAAAGCUGCACUCCAAUUCCGACAAAGGCGAUGGAUCAGUCAAAUACAUCCUCACGGGUGAAGGGGCUGGGACUAUCUUUAUUAUUGAUGACACAACAGGCGACAUCCAUUCAACCAAAAGUCUAGACCGGGAAAAAAAGACACACUAUGUUCUGCACGCCCAGGCUAUUGACAGACGGACAAACAAGCCACUUGAGCCCGAAUCAGAAUUUAUCAUCAAAGUGCAAGACAUCAAUGACAAUGCACCCAAGUUUACAGAUGGACCUUACAUAGUUACGGUGCCAGAGAUGUCUGAUAUGGGUACCUCAGUUCUUCAGGUGACAGCUACAGAUGCAGAUGACCCCACCUAUGGAAACAGUGCCCGGGUGGUGUAUAGUAUCCUUCAGGGACAGCCAUAUUUCUCUGUUGAUCCUAAAACCGGAGUCAUCAGAACAGCCUUGCAUAACAUGGACCGGGAAGCCAGAGAGCAUUAUUCGGUGGUCAUUCAAGCCAAAGAUAUGGCUGGGCAAGUUGGAGGACUGUCAGGAUCAACCACUGUAAAUAUAACACUCACCGAUGUCAACGACAAUCCUCCCAGGUUCCCUCAGAAACAUUAUCAGCUAUACGUUCCUGAGUCAGCCCAAGUCGGUUCUGCGGUGGGCAAGAUCAAGGCUAAUGAUGCAGACACUGGGUCAAAUGCAGACAUGAAAUAUACCAUCAUAAAUGGGGAUGGCUCUGGAGUGUUCUCCAUAUCAACUGACAAAGAAACACGGGAGGGCAUUAUUUCUUUGAAGAAGCCACUCAACUAUGAAAAAAAGAAAUCCUAUACUCUUAAUAUAGAAGGAGCAAAUACCCACCUCGAUUUCCGCUUCUCACACUUAGGACCUUUUAAAGAUGUAACUAUGUUGAAGAUCAUUGUUGGGGAUGUGGAUGAGCCUCCAUUGUUCACUCUGCCUUCCUAUGUCAUGGACGUUUACGAAAAUGCCAAGAUUGGAACUGUUCUGGGCACAGUGACGGCGCAAGAUCCAGACAGCACUGGCAAUGCAGUCAGAUAUUUCAUAGAUCACAACACAGAAGAAGACAGAUAUUUCACGAUUGAUGCAAACACAGGGACUAUCAAGACUGCCAAGGUCUUUGACAGAGAAGAAACCCCUUGGUACAACCUCACUGUGACGGCUUCUGAAGCUGAAAGUCCUGGCCUCCAGAGCCACAUUCUUGUUGGAAUCAGAAUUCUUGAUGUCAAUGAUAACCCUCCAGAGCUGGCUGAAGACUAUGAUGUGGUUGUCUGUGAGAAUGCAAAACCGAACCAGGUUAUUCAGACAAUCACUGCAACUGACAAAGAUGAUUUUAUAGAUGGACAAACAUUCCAUUUUUCUCUGGAUGACAGUUUUCCAUUGAAUCCCAACUUCACACUAAAGGACAAUGAAGAUAACACAGCGAGUAUCCUCACCCGACGGAGAAGAUUUAGUCGAACUAUCCAGGAUGUAUACUACGUUCCCAUUGUGGUUUCUGAUGGAGGGGUCCCUUCACUCAGCAGCAGUGCCACUCUUGUGAUACGGGUCUGCGCGUGUGAGAGAGAUGGGCGUGUGAGGACCUGCCAUGCAGAAGCCUUCCUCUCGUCUGCUGGACUGAGCACAGGGGCCUUGAUUGCAAUCCUGCUGUGCGUCAUCCUCCUCCUGGUGAUUGUGGUCCUUUUCAUCACGCUGCGACGCAGCAAAAAGGAGCCUCUGAUCAUUUCAGAGGAGGACGUCCGGGAAAAUGUUGUCACAUAUGAUGAUGAGGGCGGAGGCGAAGAGGAUACAGAAGCUUUUGACAUCUCAGCUCUGCGGAACCCCUCUGCUGCUGAAGAACUGAAGUAUCGGAGGGAUGUCCGGCCUGAAGUGAAGCCAGCAACCAAGCAUCCAGCUUCAUCCAGCCUUGACAGGAUAGAUGUUCAUCAAUUUAUUAAACAAAGAUUGGCGGAGGCAGACCUUGAUCCUAGUGUGCCUCCAUAUGAUUCUCUACAGACAUAUGCUUAUGAGGGUCAAAGGUCAGAAGCUGGAUCUAUCAGCUCUUUGGAUUCAGCUACUACACAUUCUGACCAGGAUUAUAAUUACCUUGGUGACUGGGGACCAGAGUUUAAGAAGCUUGCUGAACUUUAUGGUGAGAUAGAAUCUGAAAGAACAACUUAAUUAUCUUUUAUCAUUAUCCAAAUAAGGAACAUUUUAGUUCCCCAAGCAAUUCGGAAAUGUCAAGAAUGGUAUCAACAAAGAGAGAAAGAUAUAAAUAUAUAUAUAUUAAUACAGUACUGCGAAUGGACUGCACAAAAUUUACACAGUUACUGUAGAAACAAGUGCCCUUUUCACACUUGAAACUGGGUUCCUCAAUGGGAAGAAAGUCAAAUUUUGAAGAGGGGGAAAAAGUACCCCCAAGAAAGAUUGUCCCUUUGUGUAUAUUUUUAAUUGCCCAAUAAAGUCUAUGGUACAGUAUCAGUAACAAUACUUUAAGAUACUUAAAGUAAAUCAAGCAAUGACCGAUAUUAUUGCAUUAUCCCUAAACAUACCAGAGCUACAGUGAGUCAAUAGUGGUGCUUACUCGUAAGAACUAACUUUAUUGGUUUUGGAGUUAGUGUCUAACUCUGUUUAGAGGUUUAGGGGUUUAAGAUAAUGUGGUGGGGAGGUUGUUUCUGCUCCAGUACAUGCAAGCAGUUCUGGUUCUUUGAGAAGGAUUUAUUGCUAUCUUCCCUUACUAAAAUGCAGCUGGAUUUUACUUAAAUACCAGCCCCUUGUUGUGGUGUGCAGCCUUUCCUAGACCAGUCAUAAUCUUUCCAUCAGAAAGACUAGGAAGCAAGAGUUAACUUUUUGAAAUAAUCUUGGACCUCCUCUCUCCCACAUGCUUUAACUUUGCAGUUGCUGACUGGUAUCAAAGUUAUGACUUGAUUUUAUAGUUAUUUUCAGUGCAAUCCUGUGCAUGUAUGCUUAGAGGUAAGACCGACUGAGUUGAAUGGGCCUUACUCUCAUGGAAGGGAGUAUGAGAUAGCACCUUUUGUCUAUUAUUUUUACCAACAUUUUUUGGGUUGUGGUGGUGAAUAAUUUAGAUGGAACAGCACAGAAGGUCCUUCUGCAAAGCAGCAGGAGAUGAAUAGGCAUUCCUCUGUUUGCUCUUGUUUGUUUUAAUGUUAUUAUAUUAUGUGUUAAGCUAUGCAACAAUUUAGAUGGUUUGGAAUUGAUAAAGUUGUAGAUAAGAUGCAAAUGGAAUUCACUGGAAUCGAAGAAAAUGUAGAUAAGAUGCAACUGACCACGGUAUUCUAAGUCCCUAAAUGUGAUGGGCACUUGGUAUGGUCUAACAGGUAUUUAUGUCUGUUCUCAAGUGAAAGAGUGUAGGUGAUGUAGAUAAGCCUUCCUCAGUCUGCUCCCCUUUAAUGCUACAGCUUCUAUCAUGUGAUCAUAGAUAAUGUUGACUGAGGCUAAUAAAGCAUGUAGUCUGAAAUCUCUGAAGGGUACCAAGGCAUUGAAAAAUUAGGCCUUUCUAUCCAUAAGAGAAUCUGGAACCCCUAAAAAUUGACUGAAUACACUAUAGUAAGUCCCAUCACUGAAGCUAACGGCCAGUAAAUGCAGUUGUCCAAAGGGCAACAUCAGUACAGAACAUCCAUACAACAAUUAUGCAAAGCAGAGCUCCAGCGGUAUCUUAUUUUUUUCUGAAUAUGUAUUAUUAGAGUAAAGCACCCAAUUCUUUAUUGCAGUAAUACCCACUGGUCAAAAUCCUGUUGGGCAGGUUCCAGCCCUGUAACAGGAACAGCAGCAGCAUCAGGUUACCACAAGUACAAGACUACCCUUUUCAGUUUCAGUGUGCACACAAAUUUGUCUCAUUGCUUGCAAGCCGUGUGCACCCAAGUCAAGAAAGGAAGUCUUCAGUUAGUAGCAAUCUGGUGAUGACAUCAUUACCAUUGUUCAGGAGAACCUGCACAGUGGAGUGUUGUCCAAUAUUUUUAGAGGAGCAUACAUGUAUUUUAUGUCCAUAUGUAAGAUGGUGUUCUGUUUUGGUUCAGGUGUUGAAGACAGUAUGCAUAUUAUAUGUAACAUCUAAGGCUUGUUCAGACAUUAUAUGUGAAACCAUGAAAAGUUAAAUUACUGGUGGGGAUGCACACAAGCUCCCUAUCUUCCCACCCCACCCAAAAGAAAGGUAGAUCUUUGUGUGUUCAGUGCAAAGUUCUAUGCAAGUGUUCAACUGGUUGAAGUCAUUGUGUUCACAUGGUAGAGAAUACUGUUAUAGCAAGUGGCUCUGCAGAACUUUGCACUGAACAUAUACUUCUAAGUAGGACCAAAAUACUGUAUGAGGAUAGACUGUAUGUUCCCACAUCCCCAUCCGCACCACUGUUAGAACCCAUCAUAUUUUCAGGCAUCAAGUCUGAAUAGGACUGCUCUGUAUUUGAAUUCCAGGUUUCUGCUGUUCAAGCAACUUUUCAAAACAUCCCAGGUAUUUCCAUAAAAACAAGGCAAUUUUUAUUCUCUUAUAAUAAAAGGUUGACAAAGAAUGACAUUAGCCUAUACAGAAAUAAUAUCACCUUCUACAUGUGCUUGUGUUUGGGCUUUUUACAAUAUUUUGACAGGAGACCUGAGAUCUCCUCUGUACACGUUCCUAUUUUGACAUUUCUGAGAACUUUAACAAAAAGGUGGGACACAACUGUAAUAUUUAAUGUAAUAUUGUGAAUCUAUCAGAAUACAAAAGGUCUCUUAAUUUUUUUUAAUCCAAGAGACCACUUUCAGCUGGCAUUUACAUAAGGGUCUACAUCUGAUUGCUAG